AUGUUAUUGACAAGGGAAAAUAUUGAAUUUUAUACUCAAAGAAGAAAACAGUAUUGCGAAGACUUCUUAAAGCUAACGAACCAAUUCAAACCAAAGUUAGAGUUAUUAUAAAAAAAAUUGAUUGCUUCAAAGUAGGUAAUAGAUGGCCCUAGUAAAUCAAUUCCUCAUUAACAAAAGAUCAAAAAAGUCAAUAAAGUUUUAGCAUCUCUAUCAAAAUCGAAAGAAGUUUAAUAAAAAAUUGAUAAAGAAAUGAUUAGAUGUUCAUGUCAAUAUAAAUUAGAUGAAGUUCCAAAUUGCAAGUAUUGAAUAAUGUUAAUUUAGUUUCAAUUACUCUUAAACUUGUAAUAAGAUACAAUAGGCAAUGAUACCAUUGAUUCAAAAUCUUUAAAUAUAGAUUUAAGAUAAACAAGAGGAGAUUCUAAGUGAUUUAGAUUGUGCUGAUUUGUAUAUAAAAGUAAGUUAAAUAACUUUAUUAAGAGAGAUGAGUUCUAAAAAAUGAAACAUAAAUCAAAGAGAUUAUAAUAAAUUAUAGAGAAAUUAUAAGUUAUGGAAUUAAAACAAGAAGAAAAAGUGUAUAGAGAAAGUAUAAAAAAAUUAGAGAAAUUGGAUUAAGCUGAAGAUUAUGAUGAAACUCUACCAUAUUCUAAAAAGGCAUUAAUGUCAAAAAAGAAGAUAGAAGUAUAAGUUUUAAUGGAUGAAGAAAGAAAAUAGAGAAAGUAAUUUGAGAAUGAAAGGAUUAGAGAAGCUAUUGAAGAAUAGAAAUAAAAAUAUCAAUCAUUAGAUAAUAAAAUAAAAACUCAUUAUAGAAAAAUGGGUUUAUAAAAAAGAAAAUUAGAAAGUAUGAGUGAUCUUAGAGAAUAUAUAAAUGAUUGUAGAACAAAUUCAUAAAUAAAAUUAGAUUCAUAAAAUAAUUUAAAAUAAUAAUAAUAAUUAAAAAGUAUUUUAAAUGCAGAUAAAAGGUUUUCAAUAACAUUAUUUUCAACUUAAAUGAAUUCCUAGAAUAUAACGUAUUAUUUUAAUAUAUAAUUAAGACCUAUUGCUUGUGAAAUUAAUGGUUUAACAGCUCCUAUUAUAAGUAAUGUUAAUACAUAAAGAACUAUAAUAAAUAAUUUUGGAAAGAAAACAUCUCAAAACUUUAAUAAAAUAAAGAGAAGAUAUCAUACCUUAGGAUAAAGAUUAGAAAAUGGAUCAAAUUUUGA